GAUAAAAAUUCAAUGUUCGGGUGACAUUUCAAUUGAGUUCAUUCAAAACACGAAGAUGUUUUCACGAGUUGUGUUUUUGGUUGUGUUGUAUCCAAUGUUGUCCAAAAGUCAACAAAACACGAAUACUGUGGUUGUUACAACAACAACGGGGAGUAUAAAAGGAGUGUCCACGUCUUUUAAUGACAUGUUUCUUCAAAGUUUCUAUGGAAUUCCUUAUGCUGAACCACCAGAACGAUUCAAAAAACCAACACCGGUAAAAUCUUGGGAAGGUACAAAAGACUGCACACAACAAGGAGGCAAAAUAUGCAGCCAACCUAUAAUUCAAGAGUUAGCCGGCUUUCUUCCAAGUACAGAUGUCAGUGAAGACUGUCUUUUACUGGAUAUAUUUGUUCCGGUAUCAAACACAAAAGUGCUCAAGAAGAAAGCGGUAGUUAUUUGGUUUGCUGGAGACAACUUUGAGUUUGGUCAGAGAGGACUUUUACCUACGUCAGAUUUAGUUAUGUACGGCGAUGUGAUUAAUGUAGUUGUUGCGUAUCGAUUAGGUGUGUUUGGAUUCCUUUCAACUGGCGAUUCUGUUAUUCCUGGAAAUUUUGGAUUAUGGGACCAGAAAAUGGCAAUAGAAUGGAUAAAAGCAAAUAUAGAUGCCUUUGGGGGUGAUUCUUAUCGAAUCACACUUGCAGGUUUCGGUGCCGGUGCAAUAUCUGCCACUCUACAAGCACAUCAUCAAUCAAAUGACGGAAAUUUUCAAAGACUUUUGAUUUAUUCCGAUGUUUCUCAUUUGAAUGGAAAUGUCGUCGGGGAAAACUUUUACUUCAUUAUGCAAAUUGCGAGAACCCUAACAAGUGGGUUAUGCCCAAGCAAUUCAAAAUUGAUGUUGCAAUCACAGGAAAUUUAUGACUGUUUAAUUUCUAAAACUGAAACAGAAUUAAUAAGCGAGACAAAAAGAGCAGUGGCUUCCGCUAAUGAGUUUUCUAAAUUGAAACUUGAAUUUGAUUUUCGACCAGUUUUUGAUAACGAUUUUAUCAAAGACCUAUACUUUACAGAGCUCAUACCCGUUGAUCUAUUGGCAACAGUAUCUGAAAACGAACAUGCACUCAAUGUUUACGAACAACUAAUUCCUUAUCAAACAAAUCACAAUUUUGACAUAAAUAAGAACAUUCCGAGAUCCGUUCUUUGCGAUCUUGUUGUCCCAACCAUUGCUGACUCUUACUUGCCAGCAGAAAAGAAAAAGGAGAUGAUAAAUAAUAUAUGUAAUCGAUACACCUCUAGUGACGAAACAGAGCAAAGCCGUAAUGUUCUAAGAUUAAUUGGAGAUUUCUAUAAUUAUGUACCAGUUUCGGAUUUGAUCUUCGAUCAUGCAGACUAUCAUCUCGACAGAAAUAAUUAUCUUUGCCUUUGGUCUCAAAGAUCGCCACUGGAUGAUAUACUAAGAAGUUUGACCUGGAUGAACGGAACUGUUCAAAAUGAUGCUCUUAUAUAUUUACUAGGAAUUAAAUCCUAUCAAAUGAUUGAUCCAAAUGCGAUAUCCGAAGAUCUUAUAGCAUUUGCAGAAUCUACUAUACAAUUUUACAGUAACUUCAUCAAAACGGGAAACCCAAAUUCUAAUGCACAAUUAUGGCCAUUAUAUACUGCAGACGAUGAAGAAUAUAUUCAGAUGAAGCUACAGCCAAUAACAGGUUCUCGUCUUUUCGAGGACAGGGUGUUUUACUGGCUUGAUGAAGAAUAUAGAAAUGUUUCACCGUUACCAACCGAUUCAGUAGUACAAACAGAAAAGACGACAGCACAAUCUUUAAAAGCUACAAGAACAAGAACAACAACAAAACGACCACCAAAAACUACAAAACAACCACUUGUUCUUCCAAAAUUAGAUACUACAACAACCAUCGCACCGGUGAAUUCAUCGGUUAUGAUUAGAUUCAGUCUGAUACAGGGUAUUAUGUUAAUAAUCCAGAUAGUUCUGUUAUAUAAGUCCUGAAUAAAACAUUUUGUCUUUA